CAUAAACCCAUCAGAACAUCCCAUAUCCCCUCCACUACCGACCAGCCACCACUACAUCUUCCUUUCUCAUACUCCUGGGCUCCAACCUUCAACCCCCCGAAUCUACCAUAUCCUAUACAUCCACCCAUCCAACCCAACAGUACAUACCCCGAGAAAAUGCCCCCAACAAUAGCCUUCCUCCCCGGCGCCUGGCUCACGCCCACCUUCUACACCCCCUUCCUCCACACGCUAACCACCACCACCGCCCUUCCCACCACGCACAUCCCCUACCCAUCCCUCGACCCAGACAACCCCGGCACCGCCGACUGCCACACCGACACCGCCGCCAUCCGCGCACAUCUGCAGACCCUAAUCGAAUCCGAAGGCCGCGAGGUCAUCCUCGUGAUGCACUCGUACGCCGGGAUGCCGGGCGCCGCGGCGGCCCACGGGCUAAGCCAAUCCGCUCGCCAGCGGGCCGGCCAACCCGGCGGCGUGGUGGGGAUGAUCUUCCUCGCGGCGUUCCUCGUGCCCGAGGGGGUGAGUUGUGCCGGGUUGCAGGGCGGGAGACUGCCGGGGUGGAUUCUGUUGGAUACGCCCGCUCCGCAGCUCAAUUACCCCGACGAUCCGAUCGGGAACUUCCUUCCGGAGGGGGAGGGGGAGGGGGAUGAUGAAGCUGCGCUGUCGGGCGGCGAUCUCGAGACGUUCCUCCGCCCACAUGCGACGCGGGCGUUUACGUCGCCGCAGCCGGCGCCGGCGUGGGCCGAGGCAGACGCAGGGUUCCUGGCGUUCAUCGUCACCGCCGCGGAUCGCGCAAUCCCUAGAGAGGCGCAGUAUGCGAUGAUGGCGGCGACGGGGCGCGAGUUUGCGGUCCGCGAGAUGGAGUGUGGUCAUUGUGCGCCGUUUAUCGGGGCGCACCGCAUUGGGGAGACGGUGCGUUUGGUUGGGGAGUUGGUUCGGGCGUUUUUGUCGGGGUCUAGUCUCGCGGUGCCUUGAGUGGAAGUGGAGUGGUCUAUGACACUUGGUUGCGUGGGUAUGGGGAGAAGCCCGGG